AUGAAUUCUCAAAGAAUUCUUAUUUUCUUCCUAGUUAUUUCAUGGGAAUUCGAAACAGGAAAUUUUGUGGAUAUUUAUCAGGAUGAAAUUGAAAGUUUGAGCGAGUUACCUUUGGAUAGGCUGAUUAAAAUCAAAUCAUCGAUUGCACCAAUAUUGGAAACAUCGAUGAUUGAGAAGUAUGGGCAGCCCGAAGGACGAAUAAAAUCAACAUUACCAAUCGCCUUGCCAUUAAAAAGAAACAAUAAAUUACCGAUAAGACGUUAUGGCAGCGAUUAUUAUGAAGAAAAAGGCAAAGACACGAAGAUUUCCAAAAUCUUUCAAUUAGCUGUCACUGCACUUUCGUUCCUAGCUUUCGGUGGUUAUCUCUUAACUUUGAUCAUCACAGCGAUUAGACGAAAUUCAAACUCGACUGGCACUGGGAACGUCAUCGUUUUUUCGAAUCUGCAGAAUUUACAAAAGUAUCAACGACCAAAAAGGAAUCUUCUCGUUUUGGAUCCAACGGAAAAUAAUUUUCAAACGGAUAAACUUUAUCAAGGAAUGAUUAUGCUAUCCCGUACUUAUGCACGGUUCGAACAUUAACAAAUUUCGUGUUAAA